AUGGCGGUCUCCACUCUGAUGCUUCAGAAGUGGCCCCCUUCUAUUCCUUCAACAACUUCACUAUAUCACUCAAGAAUUUACGGAGUUAAAACCAGAAUCAGAGCCAGACCCAUUUCUCUAUCCAUAGUUAAUGCUCAAAGUGAUGUUAAGAAGGAAGAUAUAGUCAUUAUUGGGGCCGGAAUUGCUGGCCUUGCCACUGCAGUCUCGCUUCAGAGGCUUGGCAUUCGGUCACUUGUGCUUGAGCAAAGCGAGACACUGAGGACUGAAGGAACUUCAUUAACACUUUUUAAAAAUGGAUGGAAAGUUUUGGAUGCUAUUGGAGUUGGCAGUAAUCUUAGAAGCCAAUUUCUUGAAAUUGAAGGGAUGGUGAUAAAAUCAGAAGAUGGAAGAGAGUUGCGCUCUUUCAAAUUCAAAGAUGAAGAUGAAAGUCAAGAAGUGCGUGCUGUAGAGAGAAGAGUUUUAUUGGAAGCUCUUGCUAACCAGCUACCAUCAGAUGCAAUUUCGUUUUCCUCAAAGCUGUCGUCUAUUGAAAGAAGUGACAAAGGAGAAACCUUGUUAAAACUCGAGGAUGAUACCCAAAUGUCCGCUAAGAUUGUGAUUGCCUGUGAUGGGAUACGAUCUCCAGUGGCUAAGUGGAUGGGGUUUCCAGAGCCCAGAUAUGUGGGGCAUUUUGCUUUUCGUGGCCUUGGAUUUUACCCUGAUGGACAACCAUUUGAGCCUAAAGUGAAUUAUACGUAUGGGAGAGGCGUUCGUGCUGGCUACGUGCCAGUUUCUCCGACUAAGGUAUACUGGUUUAUCUGCUACAACAGCCCAUCACCAGGUCCGAAGAUCGCAGAUCCAUCUUUGUUGAGGCAGAAAACCAAGGAACUUGUUGGUAAUUGGUCAACUGAGAUCUUGAAUAUAAUCAAAUCUACUCCAGAUGACACGAUCAUAAGAACCCCUCUGGUAGAUCGGUGGCUGUGGCCGGGAAUCAGCCCUCCAGCGUCAACCGGGAAGGUUGUGCUCGUUGGCGAUGCAUGGCAUCCGAUGACACCCAAUCUUGGGCAAGGAGCGUGCUGUGCAUUGGAAGAUGCAGUUGUUUUGGCAAAAAAACUUGCACAAGCAAUCAAGUUUGGAACCAUGUCAAUCGAAGAUGCUUUCAUGUCUUAUGGAAGCGAAAGGUGGCCUCGUAUCUUUCCAUUAACUGUACGUGCAAAUGUUGUCGGAACUCUGUUACAAUCAGAUAAUCCUGCGAUAUGUUCUGUUCGUAACAAUAUUGUUGUUCCUAAGCUGGUCAGACUUGGACCAAUGCUGGAGCAUACGAAUUUCGAAUUUGAGCCUCUGUACUAA